CUCCAUCCCAGCACAGCGCUGCCGGUGGGGCGGAACACCACUCAUCGACCCAGUUGAUUUCUAGGAACCGCCGAUAGACCUGACACACCGCCGUGUCUUUCACUGAAGAACUGUCACUUUGAAUAGCUCGCCACUGUACCUGCACCUCGAUACACAAUGGCAGAUCGAGAAGACUUAGUUUAUCAAGCAAAACUUGCCGAGCAGGCAGAGCGAUACGACGAGAUGGUGGUGUAUAUGAAGACCGUGGCUGGCAUGAACAUGGAGCUCACAGUGGAGGAGAGGAACCUACUAUCAGUGGCCUAUAAGAAUGUGAUUGGUGCUCGGAGAGCCUCCUGGAGGAUAAUCAGCAGUAUCGAACAGAGGGAAGAGAACAAGGGUGGAGAAGAGAAACUGAAGAUGAUCCGGGAAUACAGGCAAACGGUUGAGAAGGAGCUGAAGUCAAUCUGUAAUGACAUUCUGGAAGCACUGGAAAGGCACCUAGUCCCCUCAGCUGUCAUGGGAGAGUCUAAGGUUUUCUACAACAAAAUGAAGGGUGAUUACCACAGGUAUCUGGCAGAGUUUGCCACUGGCAACAACAGGAAAGAGGCAGCAGAGAACAGCCUGGUGGCCUACAAAAGUGCUACCGAUCUAGCCACGUUGGAGUUGCCUCCCACACACCCCAUCCGCCUUGGCCUCGCCCUGAACUUCUCCGUCUUCUACUACGAGAUCCUCAAUUCACCUGACCGCGCUUGCAGGUUGGCAAAGGCUGCGUUUGAUGAUGCCAUCACAGAACUGGACACACUGAGUGAAGACAGCUACAAGGACUCCACACUUAUCAUGCAGUUGUUACGUGACAACCUGACACUAUGGACUUCAGAUAUGCAGGGAGAGGGUGAAGAACAGAACAAAGAGGUACUGCAAGACGCCGAGGAUGAGGCCCAGUGAGACUAUGCCACCUACAGCCAACAACUUGAGACCCUCCCCUCACCUCCUCACACUCCUCCUCCCUCUGCCUUCGUCCUCCUCCCCCCUCCAACUCCCCUUCCCUUUCUGCGAGUCACCUUCUUCGUCCUCCUCUCUCCUCCUUUUCCUUUCUUCCACCUCUGCAGCUCCAUGACCCAGCAGGGCCACGGAGUUCACAAGUUUAUUUUUCUCUUCUUUUUUAUUUUUAUAUUAGCCCUUACAUCAUUCAAGUAAAUACCACUUAAUUGAGACAGGAAAUACAAUGUUAGAAAGACAAAGAUAAGAGAGUCCCUGGAUUUUUGUUUUGUUUUGUUUUUGUUUUUUUUGGUCCUGGUACAAGCGGUUCUGAAAUGUUAUCUUUGUUUUCAUUAUUGUAUUUUUGUUUGUUUUUGCUUUUUCUUCAAUAUUUUUAUCAGUUGCUGGAUGUAUUGACAAUUUUUACCUUAAUGUAAUUACAGAAAUUAACUUUUAUUACUGAUAAUGUCGACUAUUAGUUAUGGGAGCUAUUUUAUCUCUGUUUUUAGUGAAAUGUCAUGCAAAUCAUUUUACCUUUUUAUGGGCAAUUUGGAAAAUUACAAGUGCCCUUUUUGUUAACUUAGGUUUUCAGAGGAAGUUGGCAAAAUUCGCGAUAUCCAUGUGGGGCAAAGAAGUGCUUAACUUUUACACCAUAGUGAUUCUGUUGUCAUGUUUUUGUAGUUGUCCUUGGACUGUACUUUGUGCUGAAAUACUGUAACUGUGCACACAUGCUGAAUCUCUGAAGGCUGACUUAUCGCAAGCUGAUGGUUUUAGUUUAAAAAAACUUGGGAGAUUUCUCACUUGUGUAUGAGACGAGUCUCAGAUUGGCCCCGCUCCUCAACAGAGAGCCCUAAAAUGAAGAUUGUCAGUGUUUGCAUGUGUUAACACUUUCUUUUCUGCUGCUUCUCCCCCUACUUUUUACUAAUCCUCCUCUAGGUUCAGAGGUCUUUCUUUGCUGUUUCCUUUGUUUCUCUUCCUGUUUUGCUUCAUUAUGUGUAACUUGGAACUGAUUUGUACUACUGGAUAUCUGACUGGAGCCACAAACAGGGAAUCUGUAUUGUUCUUACUGAAACACAGCAUGGAAUUAACAUUAAACAAUCUAAAUUAAACAUUACAAGCUGACUUGCUUGUCUGUGUAAGACCAUAGUUUUGCAGCUCAGUGUUAAGUGAACACAUAAUCCACAUAAAUGUUCAAACAAACUAAUAAAUGAAAUAUAACUGUC